AUGAGUGGCGGUAUCUACGGUGGAGACGAAGUAAGUGGCGUAGUGUUCGAUGCAGGCUCACAUAGCUUACGUGUCGGCUUUGCUGGGGAGGAAUAUCCAAAGGGCGAUAUACCGUCUUUUGUGGCUGUUCAAGAGAUUGAGCCAGAUGGAGACGACGUUGAGAUGAAGGAGGUAGCAGAAUCUGAAACUGCAAAGAAGAAACGGAAUGUCUUUAUCGGUACAACAAGUAUCGUUGUUCCAAGACCCAACACAACAAUACAUAGUUUUAUGAAGGAUGGCAUGAUCGAAGACUGGGACAUGUUCGAGAAUUUGUUGGACUAUUCGUACAGUAAGAUACUUCACAGUGAAGCUCAGUAUCAUCCAGCCUUGUUUACCGAAAGCGCUUGGAACGACAAGUCGAAACGGGAACGUCUGACGGAGGUGAUGUUCGAGAAAUAUAACAUACCUGCAUUCUUCCUGUGCAAAAAUGCUGUGCUAACAGCUUUUGCAAACGGUCGAACGAGUGGUCUUGUUGUGGAUAGUGGAGCAAUGCAGACGUCAGCUGUUCCUGUCUACGAUGGAUAUGCUGUUACACAUGCCGUUGUACGCUCACCCAUAGGUGGUGAUAUCAUAUGUGAGCAACUACAACACAUGUUGGAUGAGCAAAAUAUAGACUUAGUACCUAUCUAUAAGAUAGGAGGAAAGGAGGAAGUUAAUGAAAAUGAAGCACCGCGUUGGACGCAGCGGAAAGGUCUACCUGAGGUUACGGAGAGCUACGAUAAAUUCAUGAAGAAGCAGAUCCUCGAAGACAUGGCUCUUUCAAUUUUGCAACUAUGUGAUACUCCUCUCGAUGCAGAGUAUGCAGAGAAAUUACCAUCUGCACCGUAUUCUUUUCCAAAUGGAUUUACUAAGGAAUUUCUCGCCGAGCGAAUAAAAAUACCGGAAAGCUUGUUUGAUUUAAAAUAUCUUCGUAAUGUAUCAGCAUCACAAUCAGCUUUACUAAAUGUGACGCAAAUAGCCACCACAGCGGCAGGGAUGUGUGACAUUGACAUUCGCCCGACACUGUAUAGUGGUCUUAUGGUCACUGGUGGGAAUUCGCUUAUUCUGGGAUUCACUGAAAGGCUAAAUCAUGAUUUGGCUCAUAAAUGCCCACCGACAAUCAAACUUCGUGUUUCCGCCGCUCCAACACCUGUGGAGAGACGAUUUGGGGCUUGGAUAGGAGGCUCAAUAUUGGGAUCAUUGGGCUCGUUUCAACAAAUGUGGAUAGCUAAAUCGGAGUAUGAGGAAACAGGUCGCACUAUUGUUGAGAACCGAUGUCCAUGA